AACAGACAGAAAGACAGGAGAGACUGUGAGGUGCCUUUUGACACUGUUGAAUGUCCAGUCUUUUUGGUGACAAUGACAACUACUGAAGAAUAUUUAUUCCCAUCUAUUCCAGAAUAUACGGACUACGAUGAAACAAAAGAAGACAUGUCCUCACCCUGCGAUGUGGCAGAGACAUGGCAUUUCGCUCGUCUGUUUGCCCCUGUAGCCUACAUUGUGGUCUUCAUCCUGGCUGUAGUGGGUAACGUGCUAGUGUUGUUUGUAAUCCGACGCUAUCGUCAGUCCCACCACAGUCCCUGCGCCUACUCUCUGACCGACACAUUCCUGCUCCACCUGGCAAUCUCUGACCUUCUGCUAGCCUUGACGCUGCCCUUCUUUGCAAGCCAGUGGAUCAGCGGGUGGGUGUUCACCGUAGGCAUAUGUAAGGUCGCAGGUGCACUUUUUUCACUGAAUGUCUACUGCGGCGUGCUUUUCCUUGCCUGCAUCAGUUUUGAUCGCUACUUGGCCAUAGUCCAUGCUGUCCAUACCAGCUGGAGGAACAAUACAUGCCUGGCUCAGUUCGCCUGUGCAAUGAUCUGGAUCUGCUGCAUUGGUCUUUCUGCCAUCGACAUCCAUUUCCGAAAUGUUGGGGUGCUACAUGGCUAUGAUAAGAACGUGUGCUUUUUAGACUUCAAGAGUGAGAGUUUUGAACAAUGGCAGCUUGGCAUGCAGCUCAUCAGCCUGCUGCUAGGAUUUGGCCUCCCACUACUGGUAAUGCUCUACUGCUACUUACGCAUUUUCCAUGCACUGUGUCACAAAAGCACACGCAGGCAGAAGCAACGCUCCCUCAGGCUCAUCAUCUCCCUAGUGGCUGUGUUCGUGUUUUGCUGGGCACCAUACAACAUCUUCAAGAUGGUUGACAGCCUGGUAAUGCUGAAAAUAAUCAGCCCCAGCUGCACACUGAAUUAUGUGCUUGAUAUCAGCAUCCUGGUGACCCAAACCCUAGGACUGGCUCACACCGCCCUCAACCCACUGCUAUAUGGCUUUGUGGGUGUCAAGUUUCGUCAUGAACUUUUCCAGAUGUUCAAGACAACUCUGGGUUCGACUAGGUGCCUCAGAACGACCAAAUUCGUGCAGGGUCAAGGAAUGAGUCGCAAGCCACCAGGUUCCUUCAGCUCUGUGGAGAGCGAGAACACCUCCUACUUCUCAGUUGUGGCAUAAGUAAAGUGAUUAACUGGGUUUUUAAAUUUUUUUUUUAUUUCAUUGAAGAAAAAAUGUACAUAUUGUUUGUAAAACAAAUCUUAUUUUCAUAUAUUGUAUUUUUUGCUAUAUAAACAAUUUCAGCAUUUUCCACAUUUAUAACAGAUUAAUUAAGUUUUCUUCCUUCUUUUAUUAAUGUUUAAAUUAAGAAGGAUAUAUUUCAUGCUUUAUUGAUAGUUGAAUAUGCGUAAAUGCCACUGCUAAAAAUUUCUUAAGCAAGAAGUGAAACUAUUUUCAGACACUCAUUUUUAAUUUUAUGUCUUCUUUUUUUCCCCAAACCUUGUUUCCAAGUAUCUUAUCAAGAAUCACGAAACUUAAUCAUCAGUUUGUUCUUGUUUUUCUUUAAAAGGUGCUAUACAUUCUACUAGUGUAACCAAACCAAAAGCUCAUUAAAAACAUACUAUUUUAGUAUUUUGUUUUGGGUGAUAGAUUCCCAUAUAUUAUGUGUAUUAAUGCAGCAGCUGAAGUGGGUUUGAAAUAUGGGUGCUAAUGGCAGAUCCCUUUCAAUUUUUAAUUUUUUAAUUUUUUGAAAUUUUAAAUAAAUAAAUAACCAACCAACCAA